AUGACGUCUUGGUCGGGUCCUCUGCUUUUCUCUCUCCUGUUUGGCUUUGGUGAGCUGAUUUCAGCUCAAAUAAAAUACUCGACUCCGGAGGAAGUUAAACUGGGAGCAGUUAUUGGAAAUGUUGCCAAGGAUUUGGGCCUUGAUGUCAGUACUUUGACAAACAGGCGUUUUCGUAUUGUGUCUGGACCUCAGGACGCGCUAUUCGAGGUAAACCCGAACAAUGGCGCUUUGUAUGUCCACAAGAAUCUCGAUAGGGAAAAGCUCUGCGAUGGAAAUGAUGAUUGUUUAAUAGAUCUGAAAAUCGUUGUUGAAAAUCCACUUGAGAUUCAUUAUGUCACAGUGGAAAUAACGGAUGUAAAUGAUCAUGCACCGACGUUUGUCGAGAAAGAAAAGGUUCUAGAAAUAACAGAGACCACUUUGCCAGGAGCACGAUUUCAGUUACCAGGCGCACGCGACCCAGAUGUUGGAAUAAAUUCAGUCCAGCGCUAUAAACUAAGUCAAAACGAUAAUUUUAAUCUUGAAAUUCGAGAAAGGGGAGAAGAUAAAAUCCCCUUCUUAGUGUUGCAGCGGCCCUUGGACAGAGAGCAGAAAACGAACCAUUGCUUGAUUUUAACCGCAAUGGAUGGAGGCACACCACUAAAAUCUGCUAAUCUUAAUCUUACCGUAAAGGUUCUCGAUAUCAAUGAUAACAGACCUACUUUUUCCAAGGAGGUUUAUUCUGUGAUAUUACAAGAAAAUGUUGCUUUAGAAACGAUUGUAAUAAAAGUCCAAGCAACUGACCUCGACGAGGGAGCUAAUGGGGAUGUCGAGUACGCCUUUGGAGGUGACAUUAAUUCUAAGGUGUUGGAGUUAUUUACUCUAGACAGACAUACAGGCGAGAUUCGAGUUAAAGGACAAAUUGACUAUGAGACAGCUGAUGUUUUCAAGUUAGACGUCCAAGCCUAUGACAGAGGUCAGCCCCCGACAACAACGGACUGCAGAGUUAUAAUAAAGAUCCAAGAUGUCAAUGACAAUAAACCAGAAAUAGAGGUGACAUCAAUAUCUAGCAUGGUUCCAGAGGAUUCAAAACAUGGGACCGUGAUCUCUCUAAUUAGUGUUACAGACCUUGAUUCGGGUCUGAAUGGCAAAGUCAUGUGCAGUCUGACGGGGAAUGUACCAUUUGAAUUAAAACCGUCGUUUAAAGAAAACAUGUACUCUUUAGUGACAAAAGAAACGUUGGACAGAGAAACAGUUUCACACUAUGACAUUUCAAUAAUCGCUAUAGAUUAUGGUGAGCCUCCACUUUCUACAUUCAAAACUUUGACUAUUCAGGUUUCAGAUGUGAAUGACAACACCCCAGAGUUCCCACACAGUCCCUUGGAAUUAUACUUGACGGAAAACAAUGCUCCUGGCGCAUCAAUAUUUUCUGUGAGUGCAAUUGAUAAAGACUUAAACGACAAUGCAGCAGUGUCCUAUUCUAUAAUUAGAGGGAAAGGCGGUCAUAAUGAUAUGGCAUCUUUUCUCAAUAUUCAUUCUGAAAAUGGAAAGAUUUCCGCUCUAAAAAGUUUUGACUUUGAAACUCUGAAAACGUUCCAGUUCCAAGUUGUUGCCUCAGAUUCUGGAACUCCGUCACUAAGCAGCAACGUCACAGUGAACGUGUUCAUUCUGGAUCAGAACGACAACGCUCCAGUCAUCCUGUAUCCAGUCAGCUCUAACGGUUCUGCUGAAGGUGUGGAGGAGAUUCCCCGCAAUGUGAACGCAGGACACCUGGUGACUAAAGUCAGAGCCUAUGACGCUGAUAUAGGAUAUAACGGCUGGUUACUGUUUUCACUGCAGGAAGUUACUGACCACAGUCUCUUUGGUUUGGACCGCUAUACAGGACGGAUCAGAACACUUCGCUCAUUCACAGAGACAGACGAGGCUGAGCAUAAACUGGUCAUACUGGUGAAAGACAAUGGGAACGUCUCACUCUCAGCAACAGCUACUGUGAUGGUCAAAGUUGUGGAGCCCAAAGAGGCUUUUGCUGCUUCUGAUGUUAAAAGUGCAACAAAGGAUGAUGAGGACAGUAAUGUGACUUUUUACCUGAUGAUAACUUUGGGCUCAGUCUCAACACUUUUUCUCAUCAGUAUCAUCGUGCUGAUUGCAAUGCAGUGCUCUAAAUCCACAGAGUACACUUCUAAAUAUUUACAAGAGACUAAUUAUGACGGGACACUGUGUCACAGCAUCCAGUACAGAUCUGGAGAAAAACGCUACAUGUUAGUGGGACCCAGAAUGAGUAUAGGAUCUACUAUAGUCCCGGGCAGCCAUGCGAACACUCUAAUGCUCCCUGACAGGAGGACACCUGGAGAGGUAAGACAUUAA